AUGUGCUCCAAGUGUUAUCGAGAUUACGUGCUUAAAUCGUCUCACGUUGCAGCAUCGUCGUCCGCCUCCGCAGCACCCUCUGGGAAAGUGUCUGGCGCUGGAUCCAUGGACGUUGACGUGUCAGGCAAGUCGACAUCAGAGAUUCCAUCGAUAACACAGCCAUCCACCACCACCGCCUCCACAGCAGCAGCAGCUGCAGCAGUAACCGCGUCCGCUGCAGCCGCUGCCUCGGCGGCUGCUGCCGCUCCUCCCUCGCAGCCUGGUGCCUCUCAGCCAUCUGCUCCCAACCGCUGCUUAGUGUGCAAACGGCGGGUGGGGCUCACAGGGUUCAAAUGUCGCUGCGAAGGUCUCUUCUGCUCCCUCCACCGCUACUCGGAUAAGCACGAGUGCUCGUUUGACUACAAGGCGGCAGGUCGUGAAGCCAUUGCUAAGGCCAGCCCGGUGAUAAAGGCGGACAAGAUAGAACGGUUCUGA